UAGAAGCGGUCGGACCCACGGGCCAAGGGUCUCGACGCCAAUUUCUUUAUUUAUUUCCAUUUGUAAAUCUAUUAGAGUGUGGCAGAUGCUUUUGGCACGUUGUUAUAUACACCAUAAUUAAUGCUAACUGUAUAUUGAAAUGUAUAUUACUUUGAAGUAAUUGUAUUAACGUGAAAAAAAUCCAACGAAACUGUACGAGUAGUUGAUGUGGACACAGAUUCAAUUCCGAAACUAGUUUUUCGAUAAAGCUUUCCACGUGGAUAGGUUUCGUCUACUUAAUACAAUCUUACACUAGAAUUCAUUAAAAUACUCCCGAUAUGUAUCGAACAAGUAUUUAAUAAUAGACAAUUAUUAUAUAUUUUAUGCAUAAAAUUAAUCUCACGAAUUUGCUUAAUCGAAAUGUGAAACUUAAAUUUGUAGCUUUAUUUAAUAUUUUGUUUAUACAAAAUUACAGCUAUGUCUAAUGACCGAAUGUCGGCUUCUAUGUCAUUACACGAAAUUACUUUUAUAAUGAAAUGGCUGAACCAAAAAACCGGCCAAACGCAAGAAUCGCGUAAACGGCUACUUCGCAAAAAACUAUAUUCCUAGACGAAUUCACGUAGGUAAUCUACUGUAAUUUAAGAAUAAUGAUUCUAAAAAAGCGGGGUAUCACGCAUCGAUCAAGUUGGUCGGUAAAAUUAAUUAUAUUCAAAGUAUUAGAUCUAUUUUCGAGAAAACGAGAUUGAGCGAGGCAAAAAACGCCACGAGUGUAUGUCGAAAUUGGUAACGUGGAGGUACAAUUACUUAUUAAAAUUAAUACAACGACUCGGCCUUCGUCCGCCUUCGGGUUGACUAUCAAUCUAACGUUGCUCGAUUUCUGUUUACCUUGUUUUGAAUUAGUUGACUUUACAUAUGCUCUGGUUUUGGUUGGAACGCAGGUGUAAUUAUCGUGUUUGUUGUCGGUUACUAAGGUUGUACUUCAUUAAUUAUUAUCAAAUAGAUCAAUUUAACAAAUCAAGGAGACUAAUUUAAAUUUUGUUUGUUUCAGAUGUCACAAUUGUUGGCUGAUCUUGAAGACUGAUUAGUUUUACUAUAUGAAGCCAACUAGUCAGGAAAUGUGUGAUCCAUGAAGCGGAAUCACAGGUCGUUUUCGAUUGAAGGCGUUAGAGUUUACGCUCUGCGAUGACUGCGAUGGCGGCCCACCAGGAAUCCUUGCACGAGAGGCUACAGCCAGUGGAAGAACCCCUGUACCUUCACCAUGGCGCACCCUGGCCCGAGACCGCCGACCAGCAGGAUGAGCACAGCAUCGAUGCCUCCCCCUACUACAACAUGCCAAAAAGAAACAAGAGAAAGAACUUCAAACCGCGAUGCGCUCCCAACGCCACGACCUUUUCGGACGACUCUAACGGAGCCAAUGGCGACCAAAGCCCCGUCAACGGCAACGAAAGAACAACACCCGAACAAACAGAAGAAGAUUAUCCUAAAAUAGGAGUAACAAAUUUUAAUUUUCUCAAAGGAGUCGCUGUCGACCUAAGUAGGAGACUAAGCACCGACUCCAACGAAAACAUAGAUUCAAAUUACCAAAAUAGGUUACCCGAUGACAAAAAAAUUGAGUCGUUCCAGCGCUCGUAUAUAGAUAGCUUACAAAUAAGCCAAGACGGCCAAAGGGAUCGGACCGUCUUAAAUUUUAGUAAUUUACAAAAUAAAUCUUUCUGUGCCAAAAAUCCUUUUGCAAUAUCUCAGUUAAUUAAGACUAACUCGCCUCCUAGAAGAAGGGAGUCUGAAUCUGAUGAUGAUAACAAAGGUCAAGAUAUAAAUGCAAAUGAUAGGUUAGGAGAGAACCAAGAACCGAUGGAGGUUAGUGAGACACAGCAGAAUGGAGAUGGGUCAAACGCUACUAACAAAAUGUUACGGGACUAUGCAAUGAAUACGAUGAAGGAACUGCUAGAGAUUUAUGGAUUGUCUUCCAAUGAAGUAGCUGAUGCUAUAAGCGGACAGAUCAGGGCUUUGGAAGCACUCCAAGGUAAACCUUUUACGCAGCUGCCUCUAAGUUUGAAACGAAGGCACGAUUCUGGAGACGGCGACAAAAUCCGUAGAAGGUCUUCGUCAGCGACUGAGGAUGAAGGCUCUACUAAUAUAACCCCACCGAAGACACCUGACAAUGACAUGGAGGCUCAAAGACAAAGAGCACUACAAAUAAUCAACCAGCAGUCAAUGCGGCUGUUCGGCAGGGCCCCCGAAGAAGAAGGGAGCGGUUCUGAUGAUGGAGAACAAACCUUGGACUUGAGCGUCUCAAGAGACACCGACGGACAGGAACAAUCAACGACAUCUAGCGCCGGCAACAGCGUGUCGGAGUUCGAACAGCAGAGCUUACUCAUGCGCAAGAAUCUCGAGGAUUUAGCGAAUCUGCAGAUGCAGGGUUUUUUUCCGAAGCCAAUGACUGAUGCCGACGAUGCGCAAGAAAGAAAACUGCAAGCGAGCGGUUUGCUGUCGGCUUUGAAUCAUUUGGAUCAAGCGCGGAAGAAUUCUUUGCAAACGACGGUGGAUUACUCUAGAUAUGUCAAAAGGUAUAGCUCGACGUUGGAAUGCGGUUCCUCAUACUGCAAGGAUCUGGGCUACAGAGAACACUUCCACUGCAUGGACUGCCCCGCCAGGGUGUUCUGCAAGAAAGAAGAGAUGAUCAGACAUUUUAAGUGGCACAAAAAACGCGACGAGUCGCUCGCGCACGGCUUCAUGCGUUACUCUCCCUUAGACGACUGCUCGGAGCGCUUCAGCGACUGCCCUCACAACCGUAGCCAGACCCACUACCACUGUAUCCAGGAUGGCUGUGAUAAGGUGUACAUCUCUACGUCAGACGUGCAAAUGCAUGCCAAUUACCACCGCAAGGAUUCUGCCAUCCUUCAGGAAGGUUUCCAGCGGUUCAGAGCCACUGAGAGCUGCGCGGCUCCCCACUGUGUGUUCGCUGGUCAGAGGACCACGCACUUCCACUGCCGGCGGCCUGGCUGCACGUAUACUUUUAAGAAUAAAGCUGAUAUGGAAAAACACAAAACUUACCACAUCAAAGAUGAAGCUCUCUCAAAAGACGGCUUCAAGAAGUACAUGAAAAACGAGGCCUGCCCGUACCGCGACUGCCGCUUCAGCCGCACCUGCAACCACAUCCACUGCAUACGGCCGCACUGCAACUACGUGCUGCACUCCAGCAGUCAGAUUUUCACGCAUAAGAGGAAACAUGAGCGAAAGGAGCAGGAGAUGAGUUUCGGGCUACCGACAUCCGUGAUUCAAAGCGCGUUAAUGCAGCAAGGGGCUGACCUCAGCAUGUAUUCCCCUGGGGCUAAUCUGCAUAUUGAUGAUGAUAUGUCCAACUCAAUGGUGGACUCGGACUAUCCUUAUCCAUUCAACCCAGCUUUAGUGGAAGAGGUUUCUCGUAAAUACAUAGAAACUUUCAACGGAGGGACGGAAGCAGAAGACAAAUGCGGCAAAUGCAGUGCCUUUAACAAGCACUAUCAUUGCUUGGCAGAAAACUGCAAGAUGGCUCACAGCUGUCAUAAUACUAUGGUGAAACACGCAAUGGAACAUGAACAACAGAACCAAGUGACUGAAGCCUACUUCAUGACCUAUUCGAGGAAUAAUCCUUGCUCCAACUCCGCAUGCCAACAUAUCAGGGACAUUACACACUAUCAUUGCACUUGGGAAAAUUGCGGAGCAGUUAUUCUCUCAUCAGAAGAACAUCCAUUCAGACGGUUGGAGCACCAUCGUCAGCACGCAAUCCUGAGCCCUAUGUCUCCCAAUUUAGCGGCGAGAUUCGCUCCCAACUUCACGCCGCAGCUCUCAGCCCAGUUGCACCCGAACAUGGCAGCUCAGCUCGGCCAAGUGCCGAACAUACCCAAUCUUCCUCCGAACUUGGCACAGCUGGCUCAAAUGACGCCAAGUCUGACGUCGCAGCUGAAUCCGAAUUUGCAAGCUCAGCUUAAUCUCGGACCCAAUCACGGGCUAGUUCCUCAACAAGUCAAUCCAUCAAGCUCACUAGAUGAGAUGUUCAGUAGGAAGCGAGGAAGGCCACCUAAGAAUAGGGUGGUUGAAGUUUGGACUGACAAUGUGACUCCUCAAGCGAUAUUUACAUCAUUCAAACUGCCAAAGAGCAAUCAACUACCUCUACCACCCGUCCCUCAAGCUCCUGUUAUAACUACAGUUGAAGAGUUUCCGCGCAUCAAAUUCCAACAUUUUGAAGUCUUCACAACACCCGAUGCCUGCUCACAGUCAUACCCUAACUGUCAACUAAGAAUGACGAGACUCCAUUUCCACUGCUUCAACUGCAGUUUUGCUGGGGAAACACAUAUCAUCAUGGAAACGCAUAUGAGAGAAUCUCACUCUAUCAGCCCUCUAUUAGAUGGCUUCGAUUACUUCGCUUCCUUCGACCACUGUGGUGGAAAGAGCUGCUUUAAGAACCAACUUCGCAAUCACUUCCAUUGUGCUCAAGGGAACAAUUGCCCUGCAAUUUUGACUCAAUACUCGGCCUUGGCUACUCAUAAGCACGGAAGAGGAACUCCGGUUAUCAAGAGUGAAACAGAACAGGACAGACCUUUUGAGGAAGUGAAAGAUUAUUCUUUAAAAGAACGAGCUUCAGUAGACAGCGUAGUUUCUAUGAAAGAAUCUAAUGAAUCGUAUACUCCCACAAAUUUCUCGAUUAAAAGUGAAUUUGAUAGAGAACAAGAUAACAUUUCGGUAGUAAAAGCGACGGGAACCUUCUAUCCAUCGUCUCACCUCAGAAGCAACACGUCUUCACCGCGCAGCAUCUACGACGCUUCCCCAUCAAAAGACCUCAAGCUCCGUAUGGACUAUGAUAAGAAACCUUUCGAUGCCACAAAGUCUGGGCCAACGAUCCCGCCUUCGUGUCAUGACCAAGCUUGUCCUCUUAACAAGAAUGCUGGAGGAAUGAAUCUGCAUUAUCACUGUCCUCACUGCAAUCAGCCAUAUGUCGAUCUGAAGGUGUUAUUCAGUCAUAUGGUGAAGAAACAUAGUAAUGCUAUGGACGUUGGACCCGCUGGUCUGGCUGCUACUAAGGAAACCUUGGAAAGGGAAUAUCCUGAGAUUUCGAUUUUGCCAUCAACGGCAUCGUCAUCAGGAACUAGUCAAGUGCCAUCACCUGGCCACAGACCACCAAAUCCAGCCGAACAGGUUCAAGCCGUCCAAAGCCUGCUCCUCCAGCAGUACCUGUCCGGCGGCCGGAAGGGCAGCCUGCAGGAGCAGCUGAAGAUGCAGCAACAGUACACGGCCUCGCUGGCCGGGCUGCCGGGGCUGGCGCAAGUAGCACUCUUCUCGCAGGGUGGUUCUCCCUUCCCACUGUACCCGACGAUGCUGUACCCACCAGAGUUACUCUUAGAACAGAGCCUGUUACAAGGUCACGGCAUGCCACCUGGCAUGGACAAAGAGGCUGAGAUGAUUGCAAAAACGAGACGUACACACACCACUAGGGGGCCCCACAUGCGGGUGCUGAAGGACGAGCCCAUCCCCGAGGGCUACCUGCGGUUCCGAUUCAACGAAGACUGUGCUUAUCAGCAUUGUGGAUACAGGGAGCACCAAACCCACUUCCACUGCACCCGCAAAGACUGCGGCUACUCGUUCUGUGAUAAAACCAGAUUCGUGCAACACACCGCGCGACAUGAAAGACUGGACACGUUGAUGGGCGGAGACUUCCAACAAUACCGAGCCAACGUGUACUGUCAGCGGCCGGACUGUCCGCACGCGUCUACUUUCGGAACAGGCCAGAACAAGGCCUCCCACUUCCACUGCCUCAAGUGCGACUUCGUGUGCACGGACACCAACAAGGUGGUCGCCCAUCGCCGGCAACACCAGAAGCUGGACAGCAUCCAGGCCGCUGGCUUCGAGAAAUUCCCGCCCAGUAAAGCAUGCGGCUACGAGCCUCAAUGUAUCCACAGCAAGAAGCAAACCCACUACCACUGCCUGCAAUGCGGCUUCGCCGUGCUAGGCCUCUCUCAGAUGACGUCACACAAGUACAAGCACCAGGAGGCCAACCUCGGCCCGUCCACCAGCGCCACCAACUGACUAGCGACCCUAUGAUGGAGAGGAUAAAGUCUAAUUCAGACUGGCCUUUAUGAACUGGAUAAAGGUUUUCAAAAAUAUAAGUAUCCAGAGGCUAUGCAAGAGCGCCACCAGCUGAAUCGUGACCUUAUGGCUCAAAGUUAAAGUCCAGAUUGGACUGGACGAGUAUAGUGAAACUAGAUUAAGGAUUUGAUAUGACUUACAAACAUGAUUUGUAAACAAAACACUUAAUAAACGUGUUACUGUGUUUUGAAUAUGGACAUUGACGGAAACUGCAUGUGUGUUGCAUAUAAAAUUGUCAUUUUAUAUCUAAAGAUUGACUUUGUCUAAACGAGAGCAAUAAUUUUGAAAAGGUUUGAUUGUAAAGUGUGUUUGUCCCUCAAAAUAGUGCCUUAGACGCUUUGAACGGAUUUAGUGGCAAAAAAGUGCCAAAUUAAAUUAACACUAUUCAGAUUUUUAGAUUUUGUAAUAUAAGCAAAGCCUAUUCCACUAGUAGAAGAGGCGUAAAUAUAUAAAAAAAUAUUAUUAAUUUAACUGUAUUUAUUCUAUUAAAUAGAAAUCGUAGUGUGAGAACAAUUUAAAUGAUAGAACAGGGUUUGAAGAUUUGAGUUAGUCUAUUUAAACUGGAAAAUUGCAUUUUAGAGACAAUUUAUGCAUUCACGCCUUUUUGUGGAAUAGGGCACGUAUUUAAAAUUUUAUUCUACAAAAUGUGUAUGCAAAAACGGUUUUAGAGGUGAUAAAAUUCUAAAAUAGUUACAAAAUUGCAUGAUAUAUUUAAAGUGUGUAUUUUCCUAAAUCCCGACCAAUCUUAGAUGAUAGUUUAUAUAAAAUUAUAUAUUUAUUACUAUCCCAAGAAAAGACAUUUUUACGAAUAGUAUUAUUAAUUUAGGCUUCGUAAAAUUCUAAAGUAAGGCAUUAAUUUUGGUUGAACGCCAUUGUGCCUGAAACCUAACGUGACAAUACCGUGGUAACUGACAGAGUACAAAUCGUACUAAAUUACAAAAUUUGCUGUCAAAAGUACCGCUAUAGGUUAACUCGAAAAUUAUAACUUAACAAAAAAUAUUUAAAAAUCGUCAAUUUUAUAAACAAUGUAAAUAAGAAUUUAGAGUAUAUUAAAAAUCAUUGUUAAUAAAAAAUAUAUUGGUAUAGUAAGUAUAAAAAAUUGGAUCUGUACAGAUAUGAAUCAAGUGCUAACGUUUGUGAUUCGUGAGGUAGCCAUAAAAUGCCAUAUUCAUACAAAUAUUUUAGUAAUAAUCGCUGAAAUUAAUUUAAAUCAGUAUUAAAUUAGUCAGAAGUGUCCUUCAGAAAUCACCUUUUGCAUUCCUUUAUUAUUCCCGGUAUAUAGGUGUAUAUCGCAAAAGUUACUGCACCAACACCAAAAGUAUAAGCAUCAGUGUUGAGUAUAAACUACCAAGGAUCGCUUACAGCAUUCUGAUAUAUUUCUAGAACUGGUAUGAGGGUGCAUAGUAAAAUACUAUAAGUAUUAUAUCUUCUUUAACUAUAAUGGUGCCUAUACCACUUAGUAACUUUUGCGUAAGUCCCUUAAUAUUCAUUCCUUUGUAGAAUUAGAACGGUUCCAGUCGUUAAAAAGAGUAGUCAAAUAAAAGUGUAAACUGCGAUUUUUAACGACAGUAUUAAGACCAAACCAGUUUGAAUCCUAUACCUAGCUUGUAUCAGUAUUUUUUAGUGUAAGCUCUCUCACGUUGUUCCUAUAUCAUUUCUUCGCACAUUGCCCAUUUACACAAAUGAAAUAUUGUUCAUAAUAUUUAUUAAAAACUGUUCUUAACGUUCAAACAUUGUAGUUUAUUUAAUAUAUAAAUAAAUUAUUUUGUGGCCCUAGUGAAAAAGGGUACAAGUCUCUGGCAGUUUAGGUGUAUAAGGGCAUAAGUGUUACGUGGAACUUACACCCCUUUACACCUGCGCUGCCAGAGACUUGUACCCUUUUUCACUAGGGCCACAGUUAUAUUCUUUAGCAAAAGCACCUGCAAACACAAUCAAGUCAGAUAGUUACAAAAAAAAACAAUUGUAAAUUCAUAUGCUAAAUUGUACUAGCCCUUAUGUUAAUAGGUAUUUUGUAUGUAAUGUGUAAAUGGGUAUUUUCAUUUUUGCAGAUUGUACCUAUUCAUCUUUAUGUUGUCAUGGUCUUUACCUAAUUAUAUCACAGUAAAUGUCUUUCAUUUAAUUCAUUAUGUCUAUCGAUUCCGUGCCAUAAAAUAAGUAGUCAUGUUUUAAACUGAUGACUAUGUAAUUGGACAAAAAAUAUUUAAGUUACCUUUCAAUCGUAAAACUUUGAUUACUUUAAUUUGGAUUUAUUUUUCUCAUUCUUUAUUUUUAUAGGCAUUGGCAGCUAAAUAGUCACAAUUAUUUGCAAUUAAAAUAUGAUUUCUCACAUUAUUGGUUGUUAUUCUUCUUGUUUUGUUAUCUAAUUUUACAUUUAAUGUUUUUAUUUCAACACUUUUAAGGUUUUCAUCUCUCAUAAACACUUAAAAAUAAUUUAAUCGCGUAUUUAUGUAUUUUAGUAUACGUAGCUUUAAAUUUAGUGAGUAUACUUUAAAAAUAUUAUUUCUUUUAAAAUAUUAUUGCACAAAAACGAGACAGGAGUGUUGCUAGAGUAUUUAAAUUGAUAAAAGUUUCGUACAAAAUUGAGUUUGUGUAUUUGUAUGUAGUAUCCGAAUGUAUUCCGAAUAUCUUUGUUUAGAAGUUUGUUUGAGAUUACAGAACUAUUGGUAUGGAAAAUAGAUUAGUGUUGUUUACCUCAUGAGUUCUAGAAAUUAAACGAGAAUAUACAAAUCAA